AUGACUUCACCCCCUUCUCCGUACAUCAAAUCGGAAUACAACAUCUCGACCACCCCCGAACUCUUCGCCUCUUCCGCUUCGCUUGACUCGCCUCCGUCACUACCGCCUCUCCCCAAACCGUUACUGUCUGACUUCAUCGCCAAACCGUCACAGCCAGAGUCGAAAAUGUCUUUGACUACCGAUUCCGAGGUUUCCAGUCAUCCAACCCUCAAACUGACGGGGGUGGAGCAGCUCAAGCCACCAGGCUCCGAGUCGAACUAUCUCGACUGGAGCUGGAUUCUCGAGAUACACUUUAUGGCGACCGACGUAGACUACGUCAUCACCGAAGACCCGGCGAAGGCGAAACUCAAACCGAACUGGGAGAGAGACAACAAAGCCGUGUGCGGUGUCAUCUCCAGAACGAUUCAUCCGAUCAACAUCCGGAACGUCCGUCACUUAAAGACCGACACUCGCGGAUUGUGGGACGCUCUGAAACGAGCCCACCAGGACUCUUCGGCCGGCGGCGUUAUGUACUGGCUCCGCAAGCUAACGAUGUCGCGAAUGGCGACCGAAGACCUUUCAUCCCAUCUAGACGAGAUGGCCAAGACCUAUGAACGUCUCAAUGCCCUCGUCACGACCGAAUCGCCUCUCACACCGGAGGACAUAUACUCGGCCUCCAUUCUAACAUCUCUUCCUCAAGAUUGGCUGUCGUGCGUCUCAUCGAUGAUGAAUGAGCCACGCGUCAGUCCCAUCAAACUGAUUGACGCGCUCAAAGCCGAGGAACUUCGUCGUAAAACGAGAUCCGACGAUCCCUCUCUCCUUGAAUCUGCCUCGGCGACGAAAGCCAACCCCAACUCAAAACGUAAAGGCAACUCGGCCGGCAACAAACCCCGCCACUGCACCUUCUGUGAUAUGGACGGUCAUGACCUCAACAACUGCGGUCAUGUUGCGCGUAUGAUCCACUCACACAAGUCAACCGGUGUAAGACUCAAAAGUGGUUAUGAAAACCCUUUUGCUGAAUGGAGAAGGGGAUGA